GGGCUGGGCGGGGCCCUCUGGGCUUCCGUACCUGGCCGUCACGCCGGCCGGCCCUAACGCCCCCAGGUGAGGGGGGAGGACGGACUGUGGAAGUAUUCCAAACUCACGUUUUCAGAAACCUGUCUUAGUCAUCAAAGUAGAGGUAUAAUAGUAACAAUUCAUCCAUGGAGUGAAAGGCUGGAAAUACUAGUGAUGCACCUGCACUUCGGGGCCCAGGCUUCAAGGUCCUCCUACCGUCACCAUCCCUCAGGAAUGGAACAGGCCAUUCGCCACAGAAGGUUGGGGGCGUGCGUGCACCCUUGCGCAAGCGCAGAAUCAACGGCGUCCCGGGCGCUUGGGGGUCUUGCAGGUUUGGGGUAUUGGGCUCGUUAGUGACUCCCGUUCCGAGAAGGCUCUGACCCGAGCUUCGGUAUUUGUCUCAGACCUUACAGCAGAAUUUGAGAUGGAAAAGGUUUUGAGACAACUGGUCCAGCCUCCUCCCUCAUCUUACAAUCGUGACUUGUCAGAUUAUAAGAAUGAUGAUAAUAGAUCAGCUGCUGCUCUUCCAUUUUCUAUUACAACAGCCCUGUGAUGCAGAGAUCAUUAUCCCAUUUCACAGUGCUGAUCUUGGUAAGAUUCUGUCCCAAGCACCCUGACUACACACACUGCCCCCAUAACUGCUUGCUCCCCGUCAUACAAUUGUAAUGUAUUUCUAACAAAUGGAAGAAGGCAUAUAUUUGCUCAAGGUAUUCCUCUGACUCUAAUAAGGGAGACAAAUAGAGCAGUCCCCCGCAGCUGCAGUCGGUAAAACGCUCCACAACUAAAGACUGAUGACGUUACAACCACAAAACGUGCUCCUUUUCUUUCCUGUUUUGUACGCAUCUCUUCCCAAAUCUAUUAGGUAAAGGCUUCUAUGGAAUGGGAUUCGGCAGCAGUACCCAACUUUUUUGGCACCAGGGACUGGUCUCAUGGAAGACAAUUCUUCCAUGGAUUGGCAGAGGAUGGUAUUUUGGAAUGAUUCAAGUGCAUUACAAUUAUUGUGCAGUCAUACCUCUAUGCUAGGCAUCCACACUUCCAACAUGACAAAGAAAAGAAGGAACAACGGCAGUGCCAAAAAGGGUUGUGGCCAUGUGCAGCCUAUUCACUGCACGAACUCUGCCCAAUGCGUGCCUAACGACAAGGCCAUAAAGAAGUUCCUCAUUCCGAACAUAGUGGAGGCCGCAGCUGUCAGGGACAAUUCUGAAGCGAGUGUCUUCGAUGCCUAUGUGCUUCCCAAGCUGUACAUGAAGCUUCAUUACUAUGUGAGUUGUGCCAUUCACAGCAAGGUAGUCAUGAAUCGUUCUCGGGAAGCCCGCAAGGACCGAACACCCCCACCCAGAUUUAGACCUGCGGGUGCUGCCCCAAGACCUCCACCAAAGCCUUUGUAAGGAGUUGAGUCCUUGAGGACUGAAGAAAAACUAUCCGUUGGAAAAAAAUAAAA